AUGAGCCAGGAAUCAUCAAUUUUCCAACACCUACCACAAGAAAUCACCAUCAACAUCCUCUCAAGACUCCCUAUCAAAACCAUCAUAUCUUGCAAGCUCGUAUGCAAGCCAUGGCUCGAACUACUCGAGACUCGCGAGUUUGCCGAUUCCCAUUUAUCGAAAUCCCUUCCCGGAUUAGUCGUCUUCAAAACCACAAGACACUCGACUAUGCUCGAAUUUUUUGAACUUAUCGACAAGCCCGGUCUCGAACACCACAAAUUCCACUACAAUCCGGUCGCCGAGUUUGACCACGACUCGUUUCUUCGUCACUCCACAUGCAUACAAGGCUCGGCUAAUGGGCUUCUCUUUUUGCGUGAGGUAAACGUGCAACCAAAUGUGCUCCACAUAUGCAACCCGAUCACGCGAGAAUUUAUCGAGCUUCAAAGCCAAGAAAAGUUCGUCUACUCUUAUCCGACGAUCGUCACUUAUGGAUUUGGAGUAAGCAAUACAACCGGUCAAUAUAAAGUCGUUAGAGUGUUCCACGAAUGCACGCGCGAUAACAACACCAAUGAAUUGUUAGGAAUUCCCAAGUCCGAGUGCCACGUGUACACUCUCGGGACGAGAUCGUGGAGAAAAAUCGCGCACGAUCACGCGAAACUCGAGUACAGCUGUCGGUCGACCGGCGCUUUUUCGAACGGCAAUCUACAUUGGUUGGUGGGGGAUUUAGAGGGCACGUGUCGGAUUUCUUGUUUUGACCUUGAAACCGAGCUCUUCCACACAUUUUCGAUUCCUUGCAAUAUUGUGAGAGCGAAUGGGAGGAGAAUUCUCGGGGAUUUGUUCGUGCUGAGUGGUCGUCUAUGUAUAUGCGACAAUACGUCCGAGGACGAAAUCGUAAUUUGGUUGAUGAGGGAGUAUGGGGACGACGAGUCAUGGACUAAGGAGUACGUGAUUAGCAAACGACCGGACUUUUCCGGGGAAUGUUAUGAGGUCGUUCGACCGAUGAAAGUUUUUGGAGAUGGCGAUUUUUUGAUGGCAUGGGAUGAUUACUUCUUGUUCUACUAUUCGGAGAGGGAUAAAGUGGCAAGAAGCAUCGACAUGUUUCAGGGCUUUGGUAGCAUAGACUCGUUUCUUCACAAGCCGAGCCUUUUUUCGCUUACGAAUUUUCCUAUGGAGAAUGCAAUGUCAUUUUGA